UGUUUAUAAAAACAGCUUCAUGAAGACGUUUUACUCCUGUCGGUGUUUCUACACAAAGAAUAUUUUCUUGAAACAGUUUGGCAUCCACAUUCAAUAUGAUAACAAGAAACAAUUCAUUUCCCAGUUUGAACAGGUCCUGAGAGACAAGGGUUGCAACACUGAGGAGCAGCUUGAGGAUGUGAUCCAAAAGAUCCAGGAGGAGAUUGACAGGAGGCAGAGUCUGGGAAGAGCUUCGUUGGCAAGACAGAGAAUAAUAUCUGCAACAUACCAACCUCGACAUGAAGAUAUAUACAAACUUAAGGAAGAUUACUUGGCACCAGAGUUCCUGGAUCUGGUGGCACAGUGCAAGAGUGAGGGUGUUACAGCAGAUGCUGUGAUGAAGAGACUCCAGCCUCAGGAUGGAAGUCGGCUCUACAAGUUUCAUGUGUUCCAACAGAGUUUCUGUAAUCUGUUUUUAGAGGAAAUAGAACACUUUGAGAACAGCGACUGUCCUAAAGGUCGACCAAACACCAUGAACAAAUAUGGGAUUUUACUGAAUGAGUUAGGAUUUGACGAAGACUUCAUCAUUCCCUUGAGAAAACAUUACCUGAGCCCCAUCACAUCCAUCCUCUUCCCAGACUGGGGCGGAAAUGACCUUGACUCGCACAAGGCCUUUAUUGUGACCUACAAACUAGGGGAUGACCUUGACCUCAGCUAUCACUAUGACAAUGCAGAAAUCACUUUGAACAUUGCUCUUGGGAAAGAAUUUACAGGAGGGACUCUAUAUUUUGGUGAUAUGAGAACAGAAAGACGUACAGACAGAUAUAGUCGGUAUGACCAUCAGCCAAUGUUUGGACUUCUUCAUAGAGGACAGCACCUUCACGGAGCAAUGCCUAUCGAGGAUGGGGAGAGGUAUAACUUGAUUGUCUGGAUGCGGUCCUCAAGGGUUCGGAACCAGAGGUGUCCAAUGUGUGAUGAUGAACCAGAUUUAGUGGAGGCAGUAGGCUUUGGAGAUGGUUUUACAAGAGAGGACUCUGUGGUUGAUGUGUGCACAGCUUCUUAGGGGAAUCAUUUACAUGUUAUCAUCUGAUGUUACUGAUUGGCCUGAGCAAUCGGACUACUUUCUUUGCCUUUU